AUGACUAGUGCAUCAAGAAAAAACAGUGAAGUCAAGGAAACAUCUCCUAGCAGAGACGUUGCCAAUGGUAACGGAAGUAAUGAUAACGCGACAAGCACGAAUAGCACCGAAUAUUUCGCUAAUACAAAUGUCCUCACUUGCAGGUUGAAAUGGGUUGACCCAGACACUUUCAUAACAGAUCCGAAAAAAUCUCAACUUCUUACGAGUUUGAACCAAUUGGUUCAUAGCAACAAAGGUUUGUUGAUCAACCCGAAAGAGAUGGAGAAUUACCAGUAUUUCUCUGAUCAUGAACGUAUAGCACAUUUGAAGGAAAACUUGGAUGUGUACUUGUUUGAGCGCGGUAACGCAGAAGUAGACAGUUGGUAUCGAGAUUCGGAUCUGGAAAAUGAAAAGACUACCUGGUUCUACGAUGUGGUGAUACAGGCCCAAUUCAAACCAUAUAAGGAUCUACAGGCAACAAAAGAAGGGUUCUUAUCCGAAUUGACCAAGUUUUCAGGUAACGGUAAUAAAUCUUCAUCGAUCUUGGAAUGUUGGUCUAUCUCAGAGAAUCCUCAUGCUUUGAAUCAUCCCGGUAAUUUAUAUGUCAGAGGAAUUCCAAAGAAUCUAACCAAAGAGGAUUUAGUACCCAUCUUUGCCAAGUUUGGUCCCAUCCUAGUUCUCAAAAUUAUCUUGGACUCAAAUACAAACGAAUCGAUGGGAUUUGGGUUUGUCUCAUACGCAUUGGGAUCCCAGGCUUCAAACUGUAUUAAAGAAUUGAACGGGAAUUUGAUGAAUGGAUCCCCAUUGUUUGUGAACUAUCACGUUGAAAGAAAGGAAAGGGAAAGAAUCCAUUUCGAUCAAUGGAAACAAAAUGAACAAGAGGAAUCUACCAAGUUUAAAGGUGUCUUCGUCGGCAAUUUACCGAUUUUCACCACAGAAAACAAAUUGUUAACACCUUCUAUCGUCUUGGAGAAGUUCAAGAAAGCUCUCCCGGAUUGUGAAAUGGUUAGCUAUUUCUUCCCAAAGACAAAUUCACAAACAAAUGUGGAAUAUUCCGAAACAGACGAAGAUUCUAAAUCCGAGUCACCGUUACAUUUAAAUGCAGAAUCUUUCCCCGUUAAGUCAAAGCACAAUAGUGAUGAGACAAAUAAAAGAAAUAACGAAAAGAUCGAGGAUCCUCAGCUAAAGACAAUUGAAAAGCACCACGAUAAUGGUGAUGAGGAUAUCGUAAUGAAAAAUGAUGCCACCACUUCCAGUGACACUGAAGUGCCUAAAUCCAGUUCAUCUAGCGAUGAUGAAACAGAAGCUACUAACGAGGAAACUUGUUCCUCUCAGAAUGAGGAAUCUCCUUUGAAAGGAUACGGCUUCUUUAGAUUCGCAACCCAUGAAAUGGCUUUGAAAUGUAUCGAAACUUUUAAUGAUUCACAAUGGUACGGUCACCAGUUGGUCGUCAACAAGGCUAUACAAAAGUUCCAUCAACAUCAGCACUCAUACCAUGGUAACAGUUCUAGUAGCCUCUCUAGCAUGAACAACAACGGUAACAAUAAUCAUUAUCAUAACCACCACCACCAACAACAGCAGCAGCAGCAACAACAGCAACAGCAGCAGCAGCAAUAUAACAAUAAUAACCACCAUUAUUCCGGACCACACCAAACUCAUCAUGGUCAUAGUAGUCCUCAUCAGCCUUAUUACCAGCAAUCAUUUUUCCCUCCAAUGUAUUCAUUCAGACUCUCACGUCGUCAUAGCGAUAGGUCAAUCAGUUCUAGACAAUCGAAUGCGCCUGGGUUUUCACCUCCUCCUAUUACACCGCUUCCAUUGAAUGAACCAUCCUACAACCGCAAUAAUUCCUCUAAUUCCCGUUCAAUCUCAAGACAAAAUUCGAUCACGAAUAUUCAAUACGGUAGUAGAGAUCAAGCAUAUGAUCAUCAUUCUCCUUCCAGCUCCACUCAAAACUCUAUUCCACCACCAUCAAUGUCGCAACCAGUGUAUCCAGUUUCGAUACCACCGCCUCCAACAGGCAUACCGGGACAAGCAUUGCCUCCGUUAGUUACGCAAUCUAUUCCUGUUCUAACAAAUUCCUCAACAAAUUCGACUGGCUCACCUCGUAACAAUUCAAUUUACGGUCCAAUGAAUAUGCCUCUGACUUACUCAUCAUCUAAUCCGAUGUUCAAUACACCACUACCGAUUCCAAGAAGUGACGAACAGGAAUCAAACUUAUAUGUGAAGCAUUUGCCUUUAGAUUGGAGAGAUGAAGAUCUCUAUCAGUUUUUUGAGAAAUUUGGAGAGAUUAUUAGUGCCAAGAUUAUUACUGUAGGUGGAUCCAUAAAGGAACAGGAUGAUCAAGAUCUGAAGAAAGAUGAACUGUUUGGAAAAUCAAAGGGAUAUGGAUUUGUUUGUUUCCAAAAUCCUUUGGAUGCAUCACGGGCCAUGUACCAUACAGAUGGUUUGAAGUUGAAUUCCGAUAAUACGUUGUUUGUAUCUUUCGCUCAAAGAAGAUCAAAGAGCAUAGACUCAAUUAAGGGUCCGGUAUCCAACAAUGUUAACUAUAACAAAAAAUUUUUGAACGCAAUGUAUCAGCAACAGCAGCAGCAAUAUCAUCCUUGGAUGGUUCCAGUUCCAAUGCAUUAUCCACCGCCAUCGCACUGA